CGUGUGCGCCGGCCCCCCACCCAUAUAUAGGCGCGCACCGCGCGGGCGUUCGACCGCCAUGGCCGUCGACGCGCACCACCUGCCACCCAUCCAGCCUUCUGCCGCUGCGGCUGCUUUCGGGGACUCCAUGUUCUCGCCGAGGCAGGCGUGUUUCGGCGCCGGGGAGGUUGCCGCCGGCGCCACCGGGGCACUGAUGCCGGGUGUUUGUCAGGAGCAGCAGCUGGUGCAGGGGUACCAGAUGGCGUAUGUGGGAGGUGGAGGAGGAGUGAGGCAGCAGCAGCAGCAGCUGGCGCCGGCGCCGCCGGCGGUGGUGGCGCCGGCGGGGGCGGUGGAGGUGCUGAGGCAGUACUCGCGGAUGUGCGCGGCGGACGCGGCGGAGAGCGGCGUCACAUUCGGCGGCGGGCAGGAGAUGGCGGCGGCUGCUCCCAGGAAGAGGAAGCGCGCGGAGCUACCGGAGGUGGUUCUUGGCGCCGCGGGUGACACCACGGUGUUGGCGCAGGCUCGCCAGCAGCUGGUCGACGUCGAUCGCCUCGUGCUCCACCACACGGCGAAGAUGUGGGCGGAGCUGGCGGAGCAGAGGCGGAGGCACGCGAGGCAGAUGGUGGCCGCCGUGGAGGCCGCGGCGGCGAAGCGGCUGAGGGCCAAGGACGAGGAGAUCGAGAGGGUCGGGCGCCUCAACUGGGCGCUCGAGGAGCGCCUCAAGGGCAUGUACGUCGAGGCGCAGGUGUGGCGCGACCUCGCCCAGUCCAACGAGGCCUCCGCCAACGCGCUCCGCGGCGAGCUGGAGCAGGUGCUCGACGCCCAGGCACGCCGCGGCGGCAUCGCCCUCGCCCUCGCCGCCGCCGGCGACGACGCCGAGUCCUGCUGCUACGGCGAGAACGACGUGGCCGCCGCCGACGAGGAUCAGGAGGCGGCUGCUGCCGCGGCGACGUCGGCCGAGCGGGCGGCCGCCGCCGUCCCUGCAGCCGCCGGGCGCGCGAGGUCGUGCAGGGGGUGCGGCGAGGCCGCGGCCGUGGUGCUGGUGCUCCCCUGCCGGCACCUGUGCGCGUGCGCGGCGUGCGCCGCGGCGGCGACGGCGUGCCCGGCGUGCGGGUGCGCCAAGAAUGGCAGCGUCACCGUCAACUUUUCGUGAACGAUACAUGGAUGGAUGGAUGGUUGCGGCGAAGGAAAUUAAAGGACUAGUCAUUAGAGUAGAUUUUUCUGCUCUUUUCUUUUUUUUUCUUUCUCCUCCGUUUUUGUUUUUGUUGAGCUAGCUGAUGGGGAUAAUAGGGCGAUAUGGUCUAAUGAUGUGGAUAUGAGCGGAUGAGUUUUAAUUUCCUUCUUUUUUGCCUUUUUUUUUUUUGCUGUUGAAUCGAUUGAUCAACAAGGAAACAAAAAACAAUAGAAACUUGGUAACACCUUCAAAUCAAAUCGUUUUGCUUCGCACCAGCAUUGAUUCCUGAA